UGGGGGAGGUGGAGAGUGGACCCCCUGCCCUUUGCAAACUUGAUGCCCAGCAGCUGGGUGCCCCUCCAGAGUGGCAGGGGUGAGGGGCUGCUGGGGUUCCCCGGGAAGUAGGACAGCAGCUGGGCCUCUCAUCAGGACACCCACAUCACGCCGUGACCUUCAGGCGACCUUCACUGUGGCUCAUAGGAUGCCCAGAGGUGAGCUGUCCUGAGCUGCUGCGGUCUAGACACCUGCCUGUCCACGCACGCCCCGUGCAGCCCGCCAGCACACCCACCAUGGAGUCCAGAGGGAAGUCGACCAGCAGCCCCAAGGCCGACACCAAGGCUGCUGCUGAGGCCCGAGCGCCCACCGCCGCGGACGGGAAAGCCCCCUCGGCUAAGCCAGGGAAGAAGGAGGCCCAAGUGGAGAAGCAGGAGCCUCCAGCGGCCCCCACCCUGCCGCCUGCCAAGAAGACCCCGGCCAAGGCAGACCCUGCCCUCCUCAACAACCACAGCAACCUGAAGCCGACCCCCGCAGCCCCCAGCAGCCCCAAUGCAGCGCCCGAGCCCAAGGGCCCUGGGGAUGGGGCUGAGGAGGGCGAGGCCCCCGACGGGGGCCCAGGGGGCCAAGGCCCCUGCCCUUUCGAGAACUUGACCCCCCUGUUUGUGGCUGGGGGCGUGGCUGUAGCAGCGGCAGCCCUGAUUCUCGGUGUGGCCUUCCUGGUCCGAAAAAAAUGAUGGCUGGUGCCCAGGCGGGGGCACAGCCACUUCCUGUACAGACCUCGGGAAUCCAGUGCAUGCCAAGUUCACGCACAGCUAUCUAUACAUACGUAAUACAUGUACUUGUGUACCCCCCAUAUACACGCAGAGGAAGAGAGAGAGGGACAGGCCCCCUGCCAGCAGUGGAAACCAAGCCCCCUCGGUCGGUCAGUCCCCAGCACUUUCCCCUCUGAACCUGGGGGCAGAAGGAGCCCUGGCUCUGUGGGUUACAGAGCAGCACGGUUGGAGCCCUGACGGUGGCGGCUUAGGCUGGACCAGGGCGCCUGAGGGCGGAGGAAGGAGUGGGCUGAGUGUGGCCCGUCUGCCCAAGCGUGGCAGCCUGUCCCAGGGGCCCCAGUGGUUCUGCGGGCUUCCUGGCAGCAACUGCCCAAUGAGCCCCCAGGGUGGGUGCCCCCAGGGCUGGGCAGGGGUCUGGGAUGGGCUCUGACCUGGGUGCAGCCCGCGUGGGGACAUUAAAGGGUGUGGCUGUCU